AUGUUUCUAUCAUGGCUAACAGGACUAGGGGCUGGGAUGGUCUUCCUGCACUUCGUGCAGAAACUCCUGUUCCCUUACUUUUGGCAAGACUUCAGGUACCUGCUGAAGGUGGUACGCUAUGGAAUUCAAUUGGAGAUAUACAAAAUGAGAGGCGACUUGGUUACAGUGCUAGACAAGUUCUUGAGUCAUGCUAAAAGGCAGCCCCACAAACCGUUCAUCAUCUAUGAGGGAGAAAUCUACACCUAUCAAGAUGUGGACAAAAGGAGUAAUAAAGUGGCCAAUGUCUUCCUGAAGCAUUCCACCCUGAAAAGGGGGGACACUGUGGCCCUACUGAUGAGCAACGAGCCUGAUUUUGUCCACGUUUGGUUCGGGCUGGCCAAGCUGGGCUGUGUGGUAGCCUUUCUCAACUCCAACAUCCGCUCCAAAUCCCUCCUGCAUUGCAUCCAUAGCUGUGAACCCAAGGCCCUGGUGGUGAGCCCAGAUUUGCUUGGAAUUGUAGAAGAAAUCCUCAUAAGCCUCCCAGAAAACAUUACUGUUUGGGGGAUGAAAGAUUCUGUUCCACAAGGUGUAAUUUCACUCAAAGAAAAACUGAGCACAGCAUCUGAAGAGCCUAUACCACACAGAUACCAUGGUGCCUCAAGCCUCAAGUCUAAUUAUCUGUAUAUUUUCACAUCAGGAACAACAGGUCUUCCUAAAGCUGCUGUGAUCACUCAGUUGCAGGCUAUAAAGGGUUCUGCUGGAUUGUGGGCAUUUGGUUGUACAGCUGAUGAUAUCAUUUAUAUACCCCUCCCUCUUUAUCAUAGUUCGGGAUCUCUUCUGGGAAUUGGUGGAUGUAUUGAGUUAGGUGCUACUUGUGUGUUAAAAAAGAAAUUCUCAGCAAGCCAGUUUUGGAAUGACUGCAAAAAGUAUAAUGUAACCACAUUUCAGUAUAUUGGAGAACUUUGUCGCUACCUUUGCAAACAGCCUAAGAGAGAAGGAGAAAAGGACCAUCGGGUGCGUCUGGCAGUUGGAAAUGGUGUCCGAAGUGAUGUAUGGAGAGAAUUCUUAGACAGAUUUGGGGAUAUAAAAAUGUGCGAAUUUUAUGGAGCAACUGAAGGAAACAUUUGUUUCAUGAACCACACUGGGAAAAUUGGAUCAGUUGGAAGAACAAAUUUCUUUUACAAACUCUUUUUUGCUUUUGACUUGAUCAAAUAUGAUUUUCAGAAAGAUGAACCCAUUAGAAAUGAAAAGGGCUGGUGCAGUAGUGUGAAAAAAGGAGAACCUGGACUUCUAAUUGCUCGAGUGAAUGCAAAGAAUCCCUUCUUUGGUUAUGCUGGAAAUAAAAAGUACACAGAAAAGAAAUUGCUUUAUGAUGUUUUCAAGAAAGGAGAUGUUUACUUUAACACAGGAGACUUAAUGGUUGAAGAUCAGAAUUUCCUUUACUUUUGGGACCGUAUUGGGGAUACUUUCAGGUGGAAAGGAGAAAAUGUUGCAACCACAGAGGUUGCUGAUGUUAUUGGAAUGUUGGAUUUCAUACAGGAAAUAAACGUAUAUGGUGUGGCUGUGUCAGAUUAUGAAGGAAAAGCAGGAAUGGCUUCAAUUAUUUUAAAACCAAAUAUGUCUUUAGAUUUGAAAAAAGUUUAUGAUCAAGUUGUAAUGUUUCUGCCAGGUUAUGCCUGCCCACGCUUUUUAAGAAUUCAGGAAAAAAUGGAAACAACAGGUACAUUCAAACUACAGAAGAUUCAGUUGGUAGAAGAAGGAUUUAACCCACUGAAAAUUUCUGAUCCACUUUACUUUCUGGAUAACUUGAAAAAAUCUUAUGUUCCAUUGACCACAGAACUUUAUGAUCAAAUUAUUUUAGGUGAGAUAAAACUUUAA